CGCAAUGCGCACACAGUGAAAAGACCAAUAUUAAUUCGGUACAUUUUUCAUAACUUAUUCGGGUACAACAACCAUAGGCUAUCAUUCAGACACCGAGGGAAUAACAACGGUAUCCACUUCUUAUCCUAGGAACCUGUAUUUUUAUUAUGGAUCAUAAUUAACUGGCAUUUAGAAAAUAUGAUUUUGUGCGUGACUAUUCAUCUGAAUUGAUUCCCAGGCCAACCCCCCUCUGCGUAUAAUAAAUAAAUAAAUAAAGGCACGCAGAGUCACAUGCGUAUCGUGGUGCGUCGCUUUUGGACUCGAGGCACAUUUAUUACAAAUGAUCGCGUCCAGAGUCUACCGUUGAGUCGAUACGAGAACACCGUAACCGUGCCACGGCAAAGGUUAGUAUAGUCUAUAGGCGACUGUCCUCUCUGGGCCUAUUUGUCUAGGCUGAAUAAACGUUUAACCGAUUCACAUGUAUACAUGACUUCUCUACUAGACUAGGCUAUAUGCAACAGACAGAGAGUGAGUAAGGCGCAGGUUGAUAGAAAUAGGCUAAAUGCCGGCUUUUACCGGGGUUGUUGAUAUCUCAACGGCCGGUUGCGCGCUGCCUUAUAUCCUGUUUCAGUUUCUUGACUGCUGACGUGACACCUGGAGAGGGCUCUCUCGUUCUUUCCGUGAUUGACCGGAGAAAGGCUCGAGGGCUGUGUAGUCAGGACGGACUGGGCUGCCCCGGUGGAAACGGCUUUCCUGUUGUGUUGUCAGAAGGCGGACCGGUGUUGAGCGUUCCUGGGAGUGUGUAUCCCGCGAAAGGAAGGUGGAAGGAAAGGCUCCGCAGAGAGAAAGCAGCAGCUGGCUAAACCACGAACCGUCCAGGCAAAAACAGUCUUCAGACUGAGACACUCACCGCCGAGAGAGAGAGAAGGAGAGCUGGACCAAAACUAAAUAAUUUUCUGACCUAAUGAAUAUCUAGCCUUUUCUCCUGCUAAAGCCCUAAGUUUGUUACCAGUCCCAGUCCUUUACUGGCUUUGCUGCUAGCCUUCUACCCAGCGAACCAUGGCCCAGGUCGGGAACGGAUCUGGGAAUAACGCCGACGAUGAGGAUUGUUUUGAAGAUGCCUACGACCGGAUACCCGUGGCUGGUAAGAUGGAUUUGAAGACUUCCAUAGAAGAGUGUUCUAUGGCUCUGAACCUGGUCCUGAACAACAAAUUCUCCGAGGCCCUGGACCUCCUCAAACCAUGGUGGAAGGACAGUAUGUAUCACGCUCUGGGCUACAGUUCUAUCCUGGUGAUGCAGGCUGCCAUGACGUUUGAACACAGAGACAUACAGACAGCCAUGGCCGUCAUCAAAGAGGCCUUGACAACCUGCCAGAGGUUCAGGAAGAGAAACUCUGUGGUGGAGUCUAUCUCCAGUCUGGUGACCAAACAGUCUAAUGACCACCUCAGAGAAGAGGAGAUGCAUGCAGAGAUCUGCUAUGCUGAGUGCCUACUGCAAAAAGCCACGCUCACCUUUGUACAGGAUGAAAACAUGAUCAGCUUUAUCAAAGGAGGGAUCAAAAUACGCACAAGUUUCCAGAUUUACAAGGAAUGUCAGAAUAUUCUGAAUGUGACUCAGGACCAUAGCAGUGAAUCAUUCAGGCAGUUCGAAGGAGGUGUGAGACUGGGUAUCGGAUCCUUCAACCUGAUGCUGUCCCUCCUUCCUCAGAGGAUCCUCAGGUUGCUGGAAGUCAUCGGCUUCUCUGGCAACAGAGACUUUGGUCUAUCUCAGCUGAGAGAAGGAGCAGCUAGCCACGGUCUCAGAGCUGUCCUCAGUGUGUUAACGUUGCUGCUCUACCAUACCUACGUUACACUCAUACUGGGUACUGGAGAAGGAAACCUUGUAGAGGCAGAAGCCUUACUGGGACCUUACCUCGAGAAGUUCCCUAAUGGUUCUAUCAUUCUGUUUUAUUCUGCUCGGAUUGCUGUGCUCAGAGGAAACUUCGAGAAGGCCCAGUUAAAGUUUGAGGAGUGUAUCUUAGCCCAGUCUCAGUGGAGACAGAUUCACCACCUGUGUUACUGGGAGUUGAUGUGGAGUCACUCCUUCACUCAGGACUGGCUGCAGGCAUACAGAUAUGCUGACCUGCUCUGUAAGGAGAGUCGCUGGUCCAAGGCCAUCUAUGUCUACCAGAAGGCUGCUAUCCUCUCUAUGUUGCCUGAAGAGGAGAUCAAGAAGACUGGAGAGAAUGUGGUCGAGCUGUUCAGGCAGGUAGAGGGGCUGAAGCAGAGACUAGCAGGGAAGUCCAUACCUACUGAGAAGUUUGCAGUGAGGAAAUCACGAAGAUACAACGCCAGAAACCCUGUCAAACUGGUGGUCCCAGCACUGGAGAUGAUGUAUGUAUGGAAUGGGUUCACCAUCGUAGGGAAGAGAGCAGACACCACAGAGAGUCUCCUCAUCACCAUAGAGAAGACAGAGGAGGAGCUACGCAACGACCCCAGUCCGUCAGAGUACCAUCCUGAUGACCAGUGUCUGGUUCAGAUUAAAGGCCUCUGUCUUAAACACCUGGGAAGACUACUGCAGGCCGAGCUCUGCUUCACACAGGUUCUGUCCAGUGAGCGGAGAAUCAGAUUUGACCACUACCUGAUCCCCUUCACCCUGUAUGAGUUGGGUCUACUCUACAAACAACAGGGGGACUUCAUCAAGGCCACACGAUACAUAGAGAACGCCAAGUUGAACUACAAGGACUACUCCAUGGAGUCCAGGCUUCACUUCCGGAUCCACGCAGCUCUCAACAGUCUCAAAGGAUCGCCUGUCAGCACACCAUAACUACAGCCCAACUACAAUCAGACUACAACCGAUUUUACACCAUAACUACAGCCCAACUACAAUCAGACUACAACCGAUUUUACACCGUAACUACAGCCCAACUACAAUCAGACUACAAC